AUGAAGGAAGAAGUAAUUAAAGAUGUACGCGAAAUUGGAGAAAGUGACGAUAUCGUUGCAGAAAUAGAUGUAAUACUUUCUCGAAAUUGCUGCUCCAGUGAACUUUAUCGUAUUCAGUAUCCAAUACGUAAAGUAAAUCCAUUUGGAUGUGGUGUUACAAAAGCACGUUACAAAAAGAAUGUCAAAAUGUUGGAAAUACGACUGCCAGUGGAUAAAUUAUCGAGCUCGUUCGACAAAAGUCGUGCUGAACAUCUUGCAUUGAUUUCCGGAACAAGUGCAGGAGCAUCUACAGCUGACAAUUUUCGAAUAAUGGACGAAGAAAUAUACAUUGGACGAAGUUUUGGAAAUGAUGCACCAGUUCAUUAUGCUGCUGGAUUUUUCAAAAAUCAAUGUUUGUAUAUAUGCCCUUUGAAUGGUACGUUUGAUAUGAAACGUUCGAUAUCCUAUCUGAAUGGCCAAGGAAAAAAUCGCACAAUUAAGGCUUCUGAAGAUGAUAUGUCUGAUUCGGAGGAGGAAGGAAGUUCUAAAAAUCCAUCACCGAUUCGCGUCCGGUUCAAACGACCCGAAACGGAACGACAAAAAAAGCGUCGUGAGCAAUCGUCUGCUCAUCGAAGUCGUCUUAUUGAGCAAGAUCCGUGGACUCCAUUAAAUAUUAAUUCUGUCACGGAUACGGAAUCAAUAAAAUAUAGCGAAUCCUUACUUUCUAUCCCAGUUAAAGUGCUUGAUUCAUGCACAGUUCCUGAUUCCGUACAGCUUGUCCAAGAAGCUAUUAUUGGUGAGAAAAUGAAUGCGCUUGAUUUGAACGACUGCAACCAAUUAAUAUCACUUCGACGUAUACGACAUUUACCUGAAGUUCAGCAAGUUCGAGCACUGAUGAUAAAAGUUCGAUGCAUAUCGACGAGCGAAGCACAACAGUAUGUUUCGAAAUGUAUUCCUCGACACUUGCUGAUAUCACGGGCUCGUGAAUGUGCCCGUUUGGUUUGCAAUAUUUGGGUACUAAAGAGUGAAUUGCUUUAUCCUGAUCAGGAAUCAGUCCUUCAGUACGCUCGUGAUCUCAUCCUUUGUCUAUUUAGUUCCAAUCUGCCUGUCAGAAGGCUGGAUUUACAAAUGGCGUUCGGUUUAAGUACUUCUGAUCUUGAUGGCAUCUUGAAAACAUUAAACCGAAUAGUAGUAGAUGAACAUGAACGAAGCUGGAAACUAAAACAUGAUGACAUGGAAGAAUUUGGAAAGAGCAAGGACGAGUUAAAAGUGUUUAUUGAAGAAAAACGUUAUUGGCACAAACGUUGGGAAGAAAUACAUCGUUAUUUAAUGGCUAGGAAGGAAAAGGCAGGAAAUAUUGUGCGGAGGAAGAAACGAGUCAAUAAUAGAACGUAUAAUAAAUAUAUUGGAUUGUGGAAUAAGUUUGAUGAUAAAGAUUAUACCUCUUAA